CUUGCCGGAUCGAACAUGCGCCGAGAUACAUAGACAUCUUCCCCCCUGAGUCAGGAUCUGAUACGGUUUCAAUUCUAUCGACGUCGGCGGGGACGAAGUGUGCCCGUUCAUUGCGGCUUUCAUUCGCCGCCACGUAACGCUGCAAUAACCGUCAGCUGGUGUAGGCCGAGGCCAGUAUGAUCAGAGUGCUUCCAACGCGCUCCAACAACCAUCAUGCCAUUCAGGCCUCCUGAGAAAAUGCUAUCGGGGAACGAUGGCUCGGAAGAUGGAUACGCACCGCCGGCACGCCAAGUUCGCACGCCCAGCGCCACGCCGGAGAUCAAGGAAAGUCCUCAGAUGAAUCUCUUAUGGAUCCCGCACUCUACCAACUCGGCACAAGACGAUGUUAAACCGGACCACCGGGAGAUCAACCGACGCGCUCAGCAGAAUGCGUUCAUGAAACGGAGACAGGCUCGUCAAAGGGAGCCAUCUUCAUCCCGCAAAGUCCGAACCCCAUCAUCGAUGACGGUGCUCCCGGGAGCCUUGACUCCUCUGAGUGAAUCGACGCUUGGAUCGAUGAUGAAUAGUCCCCGGGCGUCGUCGUCGUGGCCUCAAAGCGCGAGUCUCACCACGACCAUCAGUCCGUCUCAGGACUACGAGGCCCCCAGUAUUCGGACGUACCUAGACUCCCUCCGGAUCGACCCCUUCCAGAGUGGCAAAUUCCAAAUGGUUCCACAAAUGGAGAACAUCUUCAUGUACUACUUCACGACAAUCAUGCCGGCGGUUGAGCCGGUCCAGAGCGAGCGAGAAGAGUAUAAUUCGUGGCUAGUGCCCCUUACGGCUUCGGAACCCGCCUUGAUGUAUGCCCUGAUAGGGUGCAUGGCGUACGAUAUCGAACAGGUCUCGGUGGUCGGCUUCGGCCCCAACUCGAGACGAAACCUGACGCAAGAACGUGUACAUUACCGUAUCAAAGCGAUCCAGGCACUCAACGAAGCCCUCGCGGACCCGAAGAAAGCUGCCAGCCCAUCGACCCUGAUCGCAGUGCAUUUUUUACUUUGGCAAGAGAUCUUUGCGGGUGAUGAAUGUGUACAUCUCGACGGCGUCAAAAGACUUUUGGAGCUCAGGGGAGGGUUUGACGGCGUCCAACGAAAGGCCAUCGAGGCCAUCAUGGUCGGGUCAUAUUGGCGGGCAAUCAGAACCGGGACGAAGCCACUUCUUCCCAUGGUCAAGGACGACAUGCCACUCACCGACGAACAGUUCCUCCAAGUGCUCGCCAAAAGCGAGCCGAGCAUCGCCAAACUCGGCGAGGGACUUUUGGAAUCCCACAUGAGAGAAUAUUUUGAUGACGAAUUCUGGAAGCUCUUGCACGACACACGGAGGGCCUGGGUAUGUUUCGAACAAAUUGGAAUGCAGGACUUCCCUGCGGUCGGAAAAAGACACAUCAGUAUCAAACGAGUCAAUGUAGACCACCGUCUCCUCUCGUAUCCCUUUGACCAUUACGGCACCCACCGACCGAUCCAAGAAGCCUGCCGACAGGGUCUCAUAGCGUACUCCAACGCACACUACAACGUCAUUCAGCCGAGCAGCAAGAUAGCACGCGGCCUCGUCCAGGACCUCAAGAACGCGCUCGAAGCGACAGACCUGCGGUCGUGCUGGGGUUCGGCCCACGACGCCCUGCUCUGGGUCUUGUUUGUCGGAGCCCACAUGAGUUUCGGCGAACCGGAGCGUCCUUGGUUCGUGGCGGCUCUAGUCAGAGUGACUCAAACCCUUCAGCCGCGUGACUGGCUUCAGGUGCGAGCUUGGCUGGUCCGAUUCUACUACUCGGACCGCGUUUUCCAAGACUCAUUUCGCAGAAUCCUGGAAGAGGUUGAAAUUCUUUCGACAAUGUUACCGAAAUGGUUCUGAACUUCUGGUAUAAAACAUGCCCCUCCUAAAAUAAAGGUGGAAUGAAAUACCAAAACUUCAGAGAACAUGAAGAAAUUACGAGUGACGCGCGUUCUGAAUCGACGACAGGAGGUAUUGGGCGCUGAGCAUCAUCUUUGCAUUAUUUGGAAAGGGGGAAAAUUGAAUCUGCAUCGUACAUAUUUCCAAGCUUUGUGUAUUUUAUGACAACUAGAAUCAUUUUGACUGGCACGUAAAUAAAUAUCAUAUUAAAAUUUUUC